AUGACCGGGGUCCUUGGCCCUUCCUCCAUGCCGAGCACGUCUGCUGCACCUUUUGCUCAGAACAUAAAUAACACCGUUUCCGCAACUUCCGUCACCGCGUUGAUCCCUUCCCCACGCGAACUAUUCACACUUCCCUUCCGUGUCCUCAAUCAAGCCGAAAACUUCGCAUUCAACACUAUUCCCCGACAUAUUGCGCGACUAGCAGGAGUUCAUGAUCUUACUAUGAGUCUCUGGAGCGGAAGAGCGCCUGCCGCAGGUGAGCCUGGGCUGGCAGGACAUGCGGUGGCGGCAGCAUCGCAGGCGGCAGCGAAUGCGGCGGGCGAAAGGGGUUGCACAAGCUGCUGGGACUGGAGAUAG